CUUUCCCGACUCCUGCGGCACUUUAAAUUAUUUAAAGCGGGCGCCCUCUUGUUGAACCAAGUGCCCUUACCCGUUUUAGUGUUGACGGAUCGAUACUGCAUCCACGAUCGCGUGCAUCGCGCCAGCAGCUGGUACAUUAUUUAUGUAUGUACCUGCACUUUUUACGACGUGCGAUCUCUAUUGGCCGAAACCACCUCUGGCUACAAACUGAUAUGCCGCGAUCCUCUUCUCUUACCCCGUCAGUUCGCUCCAUCCGGUGGCCAGGAAUACGUCUUUCGUGCCCAUCAUCGUGUACCAGGGGCUUCAAGUUUUGGUCUUCCGGUUGAUAUGCGCUCCAUGACGGCUGCUCCUGUGACCGGUGCCACGAGUCCGUGCGCCACUCGGGACAUGAUACAAGGCGCGCGAGGCUCUGUCCUUUUGCCUGGGCGACCUUUAGGUCCCUCCACUGCCAUAGCUCUUCCUUCCACCCCAUGCUGUUUUCUCCGCCUUUCUAGUCCGCUCGCCGUCGGUACCUUCUCCGCGGUUUAUGCCGCCGUAGCCCUUCGUCCUCUCGGGAGGUCCAAGGGAUGUGUUCCUGGCUGGACUGUGACUGGCUGUCUUGCUGCGGGCCAUAGCUAUGAUGCCGCUGCUUCGUCGAUAAGUCGACCCUGCCCGUGCUCUGCAGGGACAUAACGCGAAUCAAAUCAGUAUAUAAUGUAGGAUAGUCCUUCACAGAGGACUUAUGUACCCUACGCUUUGCCACAAACCGAGUCGUAUUCGAUUUCACCCUGCUGAUGGAGUCCUACCCAAACACUAAGGAUGCGUAUUCGGGACAGACCGAGUCCUAUCCCAGCUAGACGCAAUCGUCUCUCAGCAGAACAGAAUCGCACCCCUCGCAAGAUGCGAACCUAGCAAGCCAUCGUCAUUCUUCGACCUGGCCAUUGACAAGAAGGAC